UUUCCUUUCUCCUCCCCUCUCCUCUUGCUCUCCUCUCGCUCCCUCAUUGCUGGUUGCUGACACCGACCAGCCCACAGCCAAAGAGAUCCUCUGUCCCUCUCACUCUGAUCAAGCUUUAAACCAGAACUUUCCCCCUGAAAACACAGAGACAUUACUCCAGAGGAAGUUAUUGCUCAAGCUUAAAGGACUGUUGAAACCAAAGAAGUGAAGAAGAAGAGCACCGAGUAACAAGUGAAUAAGCAGCACCCCUGAGGUGUUCCCAUCCCAGCUGAGUGGGGUUCAAGUUUUACAGAAAUUUAUAAAACACCUGGGGACUCCAGCGGCAGAUAUGACUCAGAGCAACGGGGAGAACCCACAGAGGAGCAGGGGUGGUCUCCAACAAAUUCGAGCCGGGAUCCAGUCCAGAUCACUGCUGGCCAAGAAGAGAGUGGAGAACAUCACCAGAAAUGACGUGAAAGGAUGCUUCAUCAGAAAUGCCUUUGUGAUCUUCACUGUCGCUGCUGUCAUCAUCGGCAUCAUUCUUGGAUUUGCCCUGCGGCCAUACAAAAUGUCAUACCGUGAAGUGAAGUUUUUCUCUUUUCCUGGAGAGCUGCUGAUGAGGAUGCUGCAGAUGCUUGUGCUGCCACUGCUUGUGUCCAGCCUCAUCACAGGUAUGGCCGCUCUGGACAGCCGUGCUUCUGGUAAAAUGGGUAUGAGAGCAGUGAUCUACUACACCACCACCACUGUCAUUGCUGUGUUCAUCGGUAUCGUCAUGGUGCUCAUCAUCCACCCUGGGAAAGGCUCGAAGGAUGAGUUCACCAAGCAGAAGAUAGCAGAGCAGGUCAGCCCUGCUGACGCCUUUCUGGACCUUGUCAGAAACAUGUUUCCUCCUAACCUUGUGGAGGCUUGCACCAAACAGUUCAAGACGCAGUAUGCCAAGAGAGUAGUCCAUGUUACUAUGACAGUGAAUGAUACAAUAUUCGCUGUAAAUGGUAGCCAUUGGAUAACACGGGAGGAGAUGAUCCCAGUGCCAGGGUCAGUGAAUGGGGUCAACGCUCUGGGCCUGGUGGUGUUCUCCAUGUGCUUUGGUCUGAUCAUUGGCAGCAUGAAGGAACAGGGACAGCCUCUCAAAGACUUCUUUGACUGUCUCAACGAGGCCAUCAUGAGGCUCGUGGCCAUCAUCAUGUGGUAUGCCCCCAUCGGUAUCCUGUUCCUAAUUGCUGGAAAGAUUGUGGAGAUGGAUGACAUUACUUCCAUGGGAGGCCAGCUGGGAAUGUACACAGUAACCGUCAUCUGUGGCCUGCUCAUCCAUGCCAUUUUUGUUCUGCCGACGCUCUACUUCGUCAUCACCAGGAAGAACCCAUUCGUUUUUAUCGCUGGGAUUCUGCAGGCACUCAUUACUGCCCUGGGGACAUCAUCCAGUUCUGCAACACUGCCAAUCACCUUUAAAUGCCUGGAGGAAAAUAACAAUGUGGACAAGCGCGUGACCCGUUUCGUGCUUCCUGUCGGUGCCACCAUUAACAUGGACGGCACAGCUCUUUAUGAAGCCCUGGCAGCCAUCUUUAUCGCUCAAGUCAAUGACUAUGAUCUCAACUUUGGACAGAUUCUCACCAUCAGUAUCACUGCUACAGCAGCCAGCAUUGGAGCAGCUGGAAUCCCUCAGGCUGGACUGGUCACUAUGGUAAUAGUGCUAACGUCUGUAGGCCUGCCCACAGAUGACAUCACACUCAUCAUCGCUGUUGAUUGGUUCCUGGACCGAUUGCGCACCACCACCAAUGUCCUUGGAGACUCCAUUGGUGCAGGUAUAGUAGAACAUCUGUCUCGCCAUGAGCUGCAGAAAAAGGACCCCGAGGCCUGGAACUCAGUGGUGGAGGAGGCAGAUAAGAAGCCGUAUCAGCUUAUCCACCAGGAGAACGAAUGUGAGAACGAGAGGCCUGCUGCCAGCGAGACCAAGAUGUAGGGGCCAGCCUGAAUACACUCUUAGGGAUACCACUGAACUCUGUUGAACUUCUUUCCAAAUUUAUUGAUCUACAGCUAGAAAACAUUUCAGCCAAGAUGAAUUCCUCUCAUGUGUGAGAUCUGGUGCGGACCUUCCUGACACACUGCAGACUUGAAAUGCAUUGUUUCGUUUUUAAGGGUUUGUGCUAUGAGACCCCAUUUAACUGUUUGUAUCUGCCAUAGGUUGGCAGCAGUUUACCAUUAAGAAAAAACUACUUUAAAGCCUUGCCAUCCGUGGCCUUCGUGCCAUAUUAACCUUCAUUCAGAGCUGUGAUGACUGAUAUCCCCCACUAGAGGCCAGUAUUGCUGUUGGUUUUAACAGCACAUGAGGUUACAGUAUACUUGCACAGGAUUUUUCUGGCUUUAAAGAUGUUGCUUUUGUAUUGCUGAAGUGGUUUUAAAUGUGGAAAAUGUAAGUGAAAUGGUUGACCAAAUUUGCAUGGACAGCAUGGAAGAUGUGCUGGGUAUGCUCCAUAUACACUGGGGUGACUAGGCCAACCUUUUGGGGAGAAAAAGGGCAGUGAAUUUACAAACUUCUGUAUAGACACCAGUGGCUUUAUUUUCUCAGAUUUUGUGUACAGACUUCAACUAAAUGAAUGAAUAGUGUCAUGAUGAUGUCAUAUAGCGUUUGCCCUCUGACUGUCCAAAAAUAAGUGCAGUUGAUGGACAAACAGAGCUAUUAUUCUGGCAGGAACUGAGCCUUGUUUUUGUUUGGUACAAAUACCCCCUUAAAUCAGUUAGAACAAUCAUUGAGAAAGGCCGACCAAAAAUAAUCAGCCUUCCUGUAGCUUGAAUAUAAAUUUGCUCAGCUACAAACAUGAAUAAGAGUUUUGAGUGAUUAUAUUGCAACCAAAACAAGACCACCAAAUAUAUGCUGCAAAAUGUUAUGAAAUUACCAACAAACUUCCUAAUUAUUCACUUAACUGCAGAAUAACAGCGUUAUUUCAAGGUUAGGUGAGUACUCAGUAUGUUUUUUUUUUUUUUAACAAUCUAAAACGUAUUUGUAAUAUUCACUUGUAGGUUUCUAAAAAAUCCAUAUAAUAGAAAGCUAAUUAGAGAUAUAGGAUUUUCAAAUAUUGCUAGAAAAUAGGCAAGUAUUUUCUUCUCUAAAUUGAACUGUUUUUGAUAAUAGAAUCUAACAUUAUUUCAUUUUAUUUCAUAAUGCAUGUGGUAAGUAAUGAUCUUGCUAUUUCUUUUUGUAGCUUGCUUGAAUUUGUAGGUGAUGUAAAGCAUUUGAGCUGAUGUAUUCAUAACAAAUGUAACAUUUACAUCAAAGUUACUUUGUAUAGCUGAUUCAUCUGAAUAUACUGUACUUGUAUAGAGAAAUGUAGAUACAUGUGUACAUUAAUUGUAGAUUUGAAUUGUAAAGGGUUACUUGAGGAUUGUGUAUGUAAAGAUGCUGUAACCUUGCUGUUUUCAAACCUAAAGUCUGACCUAACAAUCCCUCUAGUUCCUUUUACAAGAUGCAAAGCUGGCUGAUUUAAAGGACCAAAUGUUUCUGUCUAACACUUAAGGAGGAUGAAUAGUUCCUUUGUUUACAAUUGCUGUCUUUGCAGUUCUUUCUUGAUGUGAUUGUUUUUCUCAUAAAUUCACAUGAACACACACAAAGACACGUAUGACUGGAAGGUUGUUUUAGUUUUAUCUUGCAUGGCUUUUUUUUUUUCAAUAAAAAAAAACUGAACUCA